AUGGAGGCGCUUUACAGACCUCCCGUUCAGGCGUCUGGUGUACCGAUUUCGUGGACGCUUUACUUUCCUAGCGAGGAGUUCUCACCCGAGGACCGACGAGCCGAGCUUAUCAAAUCGCUCAUUGACGGAUUCCUGACGGAAAAAGGCCAGCAGCUGCUGCAGCAGGCAGAUCCCAAGGAGCUGUCUCUCUACUCGAGAUGGACGGUCAGCAUGGAGGCACUGAAGCAGCAUCUGCAGCCUGCGUGUAGCACUGGCCAGACUGAUCUAGGUGCAGCUGCGGAGUUGCUGCUUCAGGCGCUUGAAGCAGCGCCAGAGGAAGCACUCGCCUGCCUGGGUGCUGCUGCCACCGAGAUGUUUCUGGAGAGAGGCCUGAUCGAGGCCCCGGCCCUCCCCUCUGCGUCGGCAUGCGCCUCACAGUACGCCUCAUCUCGCCUGGCUGUGAGGCUGGUCGACCACACCGACUCGAUUAUUGAAUUCAAGAAGCUCAAAGCCAGCAGCCUUGAUCGGCUGGUGACAGUGUGCGGGACAGUGGUGCGGGUGGGUCCACUGCGGCCUCUAGUGGUCGCCAUGGAUUUCACCUGCACACGCUGCGGCGCCGUUACCUCCCUCUCCUUCCCGGACGGCCGUUUCACCCAGCCAGCUGCCUGCGGUCAUGACAACUGCCGCAACCGCACCUUCCUGCAGAACCGGGCAGGUGCCCGGAAAAUAAACUUCCAGACAAUACGCCUACAGGAGUUGACAGGGGGCACGGGAGGGGGAGAGGACAUGGGGAGGAUGCCUCGAGUGGUGGACUGCGAGUUGAGGGAAGACCUGGCUGAUGCAUGUCUGCCGGGGGACGUGGUGGCGGUGUGCGGGAUUGUCAAGAUCAUCAACAACGAGAUGGACGUUGGGGGAGGGCGGUCCAAGAAGAGAGAGCAGUGCCUGUUCCAGCUCUACAUAGACGCCAUCUCUGUCGUCAAUGCCAACUCCCAGUCCACUACUCCAAGCGCCGCCACCACUGCAGCAGCAGCAACCGCUCCUACCACGCCUCCUCUCCGCUCUCCACCCUCUGCGGGUGGUGCGAGUGGAGGGGCGGUGGAGCUGGGGGAGGAGGACCUGAGGAGCAUACUGGAGUAUGUGAUGGAGCACGAGGGGCAGGGCGACCUGUUUCAACACAUCGUUCACUCCUUCUGCCCCUCCAUCUACGGCCAUGUGCUGGUUAAAGCUGAUGAGUCGAUUGAGGAGCAUGAGGGGGAGGGCGACCUGUUUCAGCACAUCGUGCACUCCUUCUGCCCCUCCAUCUACGGCCAUGUGCUCGUGAAAGGAGCGAUGGUGAUGGCUGACCAAGGCACGUGCUGCAUUGACGAGUUCGAUAAGAUGGGCAACGAACAACAGGUGGGCGGGGCGUGGGUAGCAUGCUGUGAGGAGGCCCUACUAGAGGCGAUGGAGCAGCAGAGCGUGAGUGUGGCCAAGGCAGGUCUGCUCGCAAACUUCAGUGCGCGCACUGCAGUGCUCGCUGCUGCCAACCCUGUUGGCGGGCAUUACAAUCGAGCACGCACCCUGAACGAGAACUUGAAGCUAUCAGCUGCGCUGCUUUCAAGAUUCGAUUUGAUCUUCAUUCUCCUGGACCGCCCAGAUCACCACACAGACCAGCGUCUGUCAGAACACGUGCUGCAGAUGCAUGCGGGCAUGCCUUCUCGCUCCAAGGCAUCCAAACGUAGCUCCCACCUCUUCCUGACAGCCCCAUCAGCCACGGACGGCAAUGCAUCGCACCUCGACCUGCCUCUCUCCCACCGCCUGCGCCUGCGCUCCUCUGCUGCCCGCAACUUCUCCCCCCUCCCCCCUGCUCGCCUGCGCCAGUAUAUCGCCUAUGCCCGCACCCACGUGCACCCCAGACUAUCAGAGGAGGCGCGGGCAGUAAUCAAGGCGUUCUACCUGCGACUGAGGGAGCACAGCCGGGCCAUGGACGGCCCUCCAAUCACAGCGCGCCAGCUGGAGAGCCUCGUCCGGCUUGCCGAGGCUCGGGCCCGCGUGGAGCUUCGGGAGGAGGUUACCGAGGCUGAUGCUCAAGAGGCAGUGGAGCUGAUGGGGGAGUGUCUGCUGGAUAAGCUAACAGACGAGGCGGGCAACAUAGACGCGGGGAGGGGCGGCAGCUCCAGCAAGUCAAAGGAGUCAAAGCGGUUCCUGGCUGCCCUGCAACGCACCGCCAAGCAGGCGAUUAAAACUUGUUUCUCCAGGAAGGAGCUGGCCCAAUUAGCUGACGACAUGUGUCUGAGGGUGCCAGAUCUCGAUGCGCUGAUUGACAGCCUGAAUGAAGCAGGCUACCUGCUGAAGAAGGGUGGUGGUCUCUUCCAGGUGCAGACGUGA